UCUCUCUCUCUCUCUCUCUCUCUCCGACAUUCUACGCUGUAACUCAGUUACGUUUAACAAAACAAAACUUUGGCUUUUGUUUGAGCUCAUUUGACAGACACUAGCUUCCUUCAAAGAAGCAAAGGUAAACUCAACACCUGCUUCAUCAUGGGUGCAUCAGGAAAAUGGGUGAAGGCUUUAAUCGGACUCAAGAAACCAGACAAGGACGAACAUGUGAAAGAGGGUGGUAAGAGCAAGAAGUGGAGGCUAUGGAGGAGUUCUUCUGGGGAUGUGGGUUCUUGGAAGGCUUUCAAAGGAAACCACCACAAAGCAGCUUCUGAAGGCUCUCAUUCUCCACCUGUUGUAGCAGCAGAUGCUUACACAGCUGCAGUAGCCACUGUGGUUCGAGCACCUCCUAAGGAUUUCAGACUCAUCAAGCAAGAAUGGGCCGCCAUAAGAAUCCAAACUGCCUUCCGUGCCUUCUUGGCAAGAAGGGCUUUGAGGGCAUUGAAAGGAGUGGUGAGGAUUCAAGCUCUUGUUCGGGGGAGACAGGUGAGGAAACAAGCUGCGGUGACACUGAGGUGUAUGCAGGCCUUGGUUCGGGUUCAGGCUCGUGUAAGAGCUCGUCGUGUGAGAAUGUCCAUAGAGGGGCAAGCUGUGCAGAACAUGCUUAAUGAAAGGCGCAGUAAGCUUGAACUUUUGAAGCAAGCCGAGGAAGGAUGGUGUGACAGCAGAGGAACCGUGGAAGAUGUUAAAGCAAAGAUUCAGAUGAGGCAAGAAGGAGCUUUCAAAAGGGAAAGAGCAAUUGCUUACUCUCUUGCUCAAAAGCAAUCCAGAUCAACCUCAAGUUAUAAUUUACGAACUAGUGGCUCUGUUUCCUCUCUGAAGAACCAUGAGAUUAACAAAGCUAACUGGGGGUGGACUUGGUUGGAGCGUUGGAUGGCAGCCAAGCCUUGGGAGAGUAGAUUGAUGGAGCAAUCUCAGGCUGAAGGCCUGUUAGAUAAAACCCCACAUCCAAAGAAGUUUGAGGAAUCCUUUGUGAACUCUAAUUCCAAAUCAUGUUUGGUCAAAGUCAAGAAGAACAACAUGACAACAAGGGUUUCUGCUAGGCCUCCCCUUUUUGGCCAAGCUACUCGUUCAUCCUCAAGUCCAAGUUCUGAGUUUCGAUAUGAUGAGAGUUCUGCAUCAUCGUCCAUUUGUACAUCUACAACACCAAUGUCUGGGAACACUUGUGACAGGACAGAUGACAGUAAUGGUAAUGCUGUAGCUAGGCCUAAUUACAUGAACCUGACUCAGUCCACAAAGGCAAAGCUAAAGACUAGUAGUAAUCAUGUGUAUAAUAGAGCUCAAAGGCAACAGUCCAUGGAUGAUUUUCAAUUUCUCAAGAGGGCAGCGGUUCUCUCCAAUGGAGAUUCCAAAAGCACUGCAGGUUCUGACCCUUCAAUCAACCUUUCUAGGCCACUUCACUUGGACAAGGGCUCGAUGAGGCCACGGUGAAAGGGAAAUGGCCAGUUCACAUGGUAUGAGAAUGUGGUGGAAGCUCAACAUCUUUGUGUAUUUUAUUAUUAUUUUUCCCAAGAAGUUCAACAUCUUGUUGUUCCAUGCAAUUUAAAUUGAGCUAGCUAGGUAGAUGUAGCUUAUGUUUGAUAAUACUUAUGAGGGGUCUCCAUCUGUACAAUUGUUCAUUUAUGGGUAUUGAUAUUACUCA